UGCUCUGCGAACUGAAUGUGAGCCGAGCGGUCCUCUCCGAUUCCGUGAGUCUCGGCGAGGAGGCAUCCACACGCUCAGGCACACAAGGAAACUACUCGGUGAAGUAAGAAGGUCAUUUAAAGUGGAGAGACGGGCGCUCGCGUCGAGCUCAAGCAUGGUCCGUAGGGAAGGAAACAUCAGCCAGAGCCCACUGUAUCUGUAACUUGGAGGUUUUACUCGUAAAGGCGCUUUCAUUUGGAGAUCGUGGGAUUUUCUCUGCGUAAACAUGCCUGUCAGAAGAGGUCACGUUGCGCCACAAAACACAUUCCUUGGAUUAAUCAUUCGGAAAUUCGAGGGUCAGAAUCGGAAAUUUGUGAUAGCCAAUGCCAGGGUGGAGAACUGUGCAAUCAUAUACUGCAACGACGGCUUCUGCGAGAUGACAGGCUUCUCCAGACCGGACAUCAUGCAGAAGCCGUGCACCUGUGACUUCCUGCACGGUGACCUGACCGACAAAGAGGCCAUCAGCCUGGUGUCCCAGGCUGUGCUGGGGUCCGAGGAGCGCAAGGUGGAGAUCACCUACUACCGCAAAGAUGGAACUGACUUUCAGUGUAACACUCAUAUAAUCCCAGUGAAGAACGAGGACGGUGUGGUGAUGAUGUUCAUCUUAAAUUUUGACUACGUUCUGGAUGAAGGAAGUGACAGCUCCACGGAGAAGAUAAGCCCCGCCUCCCCAACAAAGUCAGACCAAAGGGGGAGCAGAUUCUUCCGUUUCCGCCAGGCUGCUUUGAGCCUAAUGAACACUAACAAGCAGUCUCUUCCGCAAGAGGACCCAGAUGCGGUGAUGGUGGACUCACCCAAAGACAACGAGGAUUCGGUGGCCCUGCAGAACUUCCCCUCACCCACCAAGAGCAUUUGCAGUCCCAUCGAGGCGAACGACACGCACGCCCUCAUAAGCUCGAGCCGCCAUUCUUCCCAGGCGAGCGUCGGUCCUGAGCCACUUGACCAUUCAUCCCCUAAACUCCCCUGGGAGAAGCUGUACCAGCCGGAGGCGCACCAGUCCUCCACCUCCCUGUCGAACACCUUCCCCAGAGGCAGCAUCAGCAGCAUGAGGCGAGCCUCGUCUGUCCAUGAAAUUGAGGGCUAUAGCUCCAAUUCCAAAAGCAUUUUCAGGGAUCGACAUAUGAAUGAAGGCCCUUUUAAUCACGUGAAGUCCAGCCUGCUUGGCUCUACUUCUGAUUCAAACAUCAACAAGUACAGCACCAUCAACAAGAUCCCACUGAUUGCACUCAACUUCUCUGAGGGGGCUGACAAAAAGACUCACUCUCCGCCAACAUCCGAGAACACCAUCAUAGCACCAAAGGUCAAAGACAGAACCCACAACGUCACAGAAAAAGUCACACAGGUCCUGUCGCUCGGAGCCGAUGUCCUGCCAGAGUACAAACUCCAGACAGCCCGCAUUGACAAGUUCACCAUUCUCCACUACAGCCCCUUCAAAGCCGUGUGGGACUGGCUUAUCCUGCUGCUGGUCAUUUACACAGCAAUCCUCACCCCCUACUCUGCCGCUUUCCUUCUCAAUGACCAGGAGGAGCAGAAGAGGCGUGAAUGUGGUUACUCCUGCAGCCCCCUCAACGUGGUGGACUUAAUGGUGGACAUUAUGUUCAUCAUUGACAUCCUCAUAAACUUCAGGACGACUUACGUAAACCUGAACGAGGAAGUGGUCAGCCAUCCAGCUAAGAUAGCGAUCCAUUACUUCAAAGGCUGGUUCCUUAUAGACAUGGUGGCUGCAAUCCCCUUUGACCUCCUUAUCUUUGGCUCAGGAUCAGAUGAGACCACCACUCUGAUUGGCCUGUUGAAGACAGCCAGGCUUCUGCGAUUGGUGCGUGUAGCCAGGAAGUUGGACCGCUACUCUGAGUAUGGAGCUGCAGUCCUCAUGUUGCUCAUGUGCAUCUUUGCGCUCAUCGCCCACUGGCUGGCCUGUAUAUGGUACGCCAUUGGCAACGUGGAGAAGCCCUACUUAGAGCACAAGAUUGGCUGGCUGGACAAUCUGGGCGUGUCCAUAGGAAAGAGAUACAACUACAGCGACCCCAGCUCUGGUCCCUCCAUCAAGGACAAGUAUGUCACAGCACUGUACUUCACCUUCAGCAGUCUGACCAGCGUGGGCUUUGGAAAUGUUUCCCCAAACACCAACUCAGAGAAGAUUUUCUCCAUCUGCGUUAUGCUGAUUGGCUCUCUAAUGUACGCCAGCAUCUUUGGAAACGUCUCCGCCAUCAUCCAGAGGUUGUACUCAGGUACGGCUCGUUAUCACGCCCAGAUGUUGAGGGUCAAGGAAUUCAUCCGCUUUCACCAGAUUCCCAACCCACUGAGACAAAGACUGGAGGAGUACUUCCAACACUCGUGGACCUACACCAACGGCAUUGAUAUGAACACGGUGUUAAAAGGUUUUCCUGAAUGCCUGCAGGCAGAUAUCUGCCUUCACCUCAACAAGAGUCUUCUUCAUGACUGCAAAGCGUUCCAGGGAGCCACCAAAGGCUGCUUGAGGGCCCUGGCCAUGCGCUUCAAAACCACUCACGCCCCUCCUGGAGACACGCUGGUCCACGGUGGCGAUGUGCUCACUGCCCUAUAUUUCCUUUCGCGCGGCUCCAUUGAGAUCCUGAAAGAUGACAUCGUGGUCGCCAUCCUGGGGAAAAAUGACAUCUUUGGAGAAAUGAUCCAUGUGUUGGCCAAACCUGGGAAGUCCAGCGCUGACGUGCGAGCUCUAAGCUACUGUGACCUGAGCACUAUUCAGAGAGAGGAUCUGCUGGAGGUGUUGGACAUGUACCCAGAGUUUGCCGACUGCUUCUUCAACAACCUGGAACUGACCUUUAACCUCAGAGACGAGUCUGCCAAGGCUUCCAGUUCCCAAGACUGUGAUUCAGAUGGUGAGGGCACUAAAAGCAUAAAGAGAAGAAUCUCCUUCACACCAGAUCUUCCUACAGGGGAAAACAAGGAAGUGGUUAAAGACGUGGGAGGAGAGAGGGAGUCGAACUCGUGCCUGAAGAGUUGCUCAGGAGUUCUGGGUCCCUCCUCACCCAAUCCCCCAGUCCUGGACUCAGAGCUGAUUGUCAGAGACAGCCUCGAGAGACAUGCAUCCUUUGAAGAUCUCUGCUGUGAUAAAUGGGCCUGUAAGAAGCCUGCAGACUACCUGGAUGAGUCAGCACAGUUCCAGGACCUGAGAGAGGACGAUAAUUCUGCCAGCGAAAUCACCUAUGGAGAGGUGGAACAGCGCUUAGGUCAGCUGCAGGAGCACUUAACCAGGCUGGAGUCUCAGCUGAUGUCAGACAUUCAGACCAUCCUGCAGCUGCUGCAGAGACAGCCGACUCUGGGACCUCCAGCCUACAGCACUGUGACUGCCAGCCCAGACUAUCACAGACCUGCUGUAAAGGUUCAGCCAGUUGCUCUCACCGCAAACCAUUUUUUCAGCCAUACAGCAACUCAAGGCCCCAACCACCAACUGGAGAGCGUCAUUCAGGAAUCCAAAGACUCUCUGUCGAGCUUGGCCAACACGAAUGCACCCAUGGAGGACAGCCUUACAGCACUGCUUGUACAAAGACAAACAGAGCCACAACAACAACAGCAGCAGCAGAACCAACAGAUCACAGGACAUCAACAGUCUGCACUGAUCCUUCUUCAAACUGAAACGUCCUCCUCUUCCUCCCCAUCUCUCCCUGACUCCAACCUCAACACGGCUGGACAUAAUAGACAUGUCUCAGACCCAGAGUUACCAGGACAAUAAACCUCUCAGCAGCACAGUGUUCUAAUAUCUGGGUUGUAAUGCUGUAAUUACUAAGUAGCAUAACUUUUUUUAUCAGCAUGCUGGCACUGACAUCUGUAUUGUUUAUUUGCAAUGCCUAAUAGAAAUAAGAAGUUGUUUUCAAGAUGCAUGUGGUUAAAACACUGUUCUCUGCAGUUAACGGUGUAAUGACAAUGUGUUUUCUGCAGUCAGCAGUGUGAUGACAAUGGUUACAUAUUGUAAAAGUAGUUAUAUCGACAUAGGAGUCCUUUGAUUGAAUCUGUUAGUGUCAUCGUUCACUCAUGUUUCUCACUGAAAAUGUAGAUGCCCAACUAAUCAGAGCGGACCUCUUCAACCUCCUCAACCCCCAUAUAAGGAUAGAAAUUCCUUGGUAACUAAGUUUACUGCUUCUGAAUAAAUUCUACAGUGUUGCUGGUUGAAGGGCUCCACCUGGUUGUGAUAAUGCGCUAUAGCACCAAACUAGCUAAACAGGCUUUAUGCUCCGAUGGGCUCUGUUGGGCUUGAAAGUCCUUCCUGUUUCUGCGCCACAAAUCCCAGAAUCCAACUGCCCACACCUGGGGCUGUAACAAAGUACAUUUACUCAGUUGCUGUACACUACUUUCUUUAUGUAUCUGCACUUUACCUAAGUAGAUUUAUCAUCAGGUAC